AUGGAUAUUAACACGCUAAAAGAAAAAAACAUAUGCAUAGACGAUUUGAGUAGGGCGCACAAGGAAAAGUACACAACGUUUUUUUUGUUAAACCCAGAUGGUAUUCUGGACUCGGUUGCAGGGUUAGAGAAUUUGGCAUUUUCGUUUGAGGACAUUUCUUACAAAAAUAUUAGAUGCUAUAAAUGCUUAUCCGUUUUUACCUGUGAGAGCAGUGCUGUGUAUAGAGCCUGUCCAAAGUGUCAUGUUGUAAAUGCACUAGUGCCCCAGGACAACAUAGGACGAAAAGUUAUUAUUCUGAUUUGCUACCAUUGUAAUAGUAGGAAUCUGACAAACAUUGAUUGUUCAUAUGUGAAAUGCUUUUUGUGUAGCCGUGUGAACCUUUCGCAGUACCAUAGUGCUCAUUUUAUCGCCCCAAGUCACAGCGCCCAUCCCAGCUCAAAUCGGAAGCAAAGAAAAAAACUCCGACGCCUCUUCGCUAACAUGUUUAAAUGCUUAAGACUCAAAAAAAAGAAGAAGAGAGACGUUAGCCCCUCGUCGGGGAAUAGCGCUAAGGAAAGCUGCGAAGAAAGUCAAAGUGGAGAAGAAGCACAAAGUGAAGUAGAACAUGGGUCCAUUCACAACAAUGCCAGCAUUGAAGAAGGUAGGGAAAAUGACAGAGAGGAAAAUCCACACGGACAAAGAGAAAACAACAAAAAACUCUUUAGUGAAGACAACACACAUGGAUAUGAACCAGAUAUAAAAUACACAAAUGAGGAUUAUCGAAAAAAAUUCUCAAAGACAAAUAAUAGUUUAUAUAAUUCUAAUAUGAAUUAUAUGCCCUACCAAAAUGAUAAGUUUCAAAAUGAUUACAUGAGGAAUUCGAUGAGCAAUAAUGCUCAAAUGGGUUACAUGAAAAAGGGGACCAACGAAUACUGUAACCCUUAUAUGGGCAAUAGCUAUAACAACAACAUGAGGGUCGGAAACCCCUCUGUAGGAUACUCAAGAGAGAACAAUAAUUUUUAUAAUAUGAAAUAUGAUAAGAACUACCAACCCAGCUAUAGCCACAACAACAUGAACCCAAAUUAUUGGAACAAGGACAAUAAGGUAUAUGGAAACAAUUAUCACGAUAUGCACAGACCAGAAAAGUAUAACGACAAAUAUGGAACUGUUGUUGAAAGUGGAAAUGUUAAAAGGAAAACAUUAAUGUUUAAUAACAUCAGUGAUUCGAAUCAGAAAAAAGUGUAUAAACCUAUGAACGUUCUUGAGAUGGAUAAAAAAAGAGAUAGUGAUGUUAGGGCAUGUAUAGAAUAUUUCAACUCCCUACGUAAAAAUAAAAAUGACGAUAUUAAAAUGAUCCUUGAAAAUCAAAACUUUAAAGAAUUCAAUAUUCCAAGAGAGCAUCUCGAAAAUAGAGAUUUCUACAGAUAUGUAGAAUACUACAAGAAACAUAACCUCAGAGAUAUAAUAGACCAAUUUAAUGAAUACGGUGCUAAUGACAAGAACAGAAAUAAAGAUAAAGCUAAUGAGAGUGGGAGCAGUAAGGGGUAUGAUAAAGGUAAGGGCGGUGCGGAGGAUCCCUCCAGGAAUGAAAAAAAUACAAGUGGCAAAAGCACAGACAGUAAAUCGAAAAAAAACAAACGCCCGGAAAAUGACUCACGUGAUAACUCUGAUGGAGAUGGAAGCGCAUACCAUAAGAAGAAAAAGACAAAGUGUGAUCAGAAUAUAAAGCCCACUUUUUACACCUUAGAAGAUUUGUUCGACUAA